GUAUCUAUUUAUGCGUUGUUUCUUAUCAGAGAGAUUUUAUAUCGUGUUAAACCGAAUUCUUAUUAAUUCGUCAUAUUUUAUUUUUACGACGAAUUAGUUUAAUCUUUAGGAAGAUUAUUAAAACUCUGUGUAUGAGGAAAUAAAUAAAUACGGGAGAAAGAAGCUAUGGUCGUUAAGAGCACAUUACGUUUAUUUAUAAAGAACAAAAGGAUAUUACGUUGUUAAAAAUUCUGUUGGUUGUUCUCCAUCGAUUAACGAAACCCCUAUUCUUAGUCUGAAUUAAAAGUUCUUCUGAAAAGAAUUCUGAAUAAAAGUUUGUGAAUUUCAUAUGUCAAUCUUCGUAUUAUUUGAAAUUAUUUUUAAACCAUCAUCAUCUUAGGAGCAUCUAUCAACUCCAUUAAUGUGUUAAGCUCGUUAAGAUCAUCAUGGUUUCCAGGAAACAAUCGUUUCGUUGUUAAUAUAUUGAAGAAAAUUAUCACAAGAUAAUAAUCUUUCUGCUCGUUAUUAAUCACUGUAAUUACUAUAGUUUUAUAUUGUUACUCAUUUUCUUGUUCCAAUUGAUUUGUAUCGAGUAAUUAUUCCCAAAUCCAAGGCAAACCAACUCUAUUGAACUCAACAACACUUACUAUAGUAACCAUACAGAUAUAAGUGGAUGCAAUAUGAAAACAGGACGAGAACGCUGCAUAGAUGCGUCUUCUGUUCUUGUUUAAUCUAGCAUGCACAUUAAAGUCGCUUGUUGAUCAGUCCUACACUUACAAAUUUACUGCGCGAAUGCGUAUGCGUUAUUAUAAAAGAACGUUUCUAUACAGCGAUCUCUUUUCGAUCUUAACAUAUAACUUGCGCACUCUAUCUUUAUAUCUCUAUGAUAACAAUACAAGGCGCUCUAAAAUGCUUUAGUUGCAGACGAGCGACUUCUAGCCGCGCGAUAUUGCCGCGAUCGUAUAUCUUUUUUUGUUUUCACAGUUAAGAACAACAAAGGAAGACAUACGAUUGUAGCGAUAUCGAGGAGCUAGAAAUCGCUAGUACGCAUGGAGCCUAGAACGAGUACAUAUGAAAGGAAAUUUAAUACUGAAAUUUAGUAAUGAAUUUUUUGUUUAUUCUUCCUAGAUAUAAAUAGCUUAAGCGGGUUAGUCGAUGUUUGUCUUUUCUAUAAAGGCAGGUUCGUUUCGCUUAAUAUCAAAUUUAUGUUAAGUUUCUUACAUCAUCAUAAUCAGAUAACAGUAAAUACAGAAGGCAAUAAGAGAUGGAAACAAGUAACAAUAGAAACAAGAUAAUAAAGGCAGAAAAUAAAUUAAAUUUAUGAUUUAUAUGAGAUAUGUCGAUCCGAAUGUCAAUGUUAACACGUACCCCUAACCAAGUACCGCUCUUACUAUUCUCUGAAUAUCCACGGCCUAAAUAGCUCUCUCGAUUUUUUACUCGUAUUCAAGUCAUUGCAGAAUUUGUCGUUCUCAUCAUUAAUCUCUGCUUACUUCGAACUUUGGAAUUCAAAAAUACCUAAUUUUCAGAAGGUUAGCCGCGUAUUCAGAGAUCUCAAAUUAGCCUCGGAGAAAAUGGAUACGCGUCGGUAUAUAUACGUCUCGUAUAACCACGAACCGCGCUCAGUUCGCAUGUUAUCCUUGUCUUAAAUUCUCGUGUGUUACGUGCUCGUACUCUACCACGAUCGACAAGCAUUUUGAAAUUAUUUAAAGGAAUCAUGGUCCAGGUGCAGGAGGCCUUGUUAGUUCUAUUGGAUACAUUGCUGCUUGUGCUGAAAAUACUUUAUGACAUUGCCUUAGGAAUAUACAGAUUAUGUAUACCAGUCGAAGAGAAAAGCGUAAUCGGCGAAAUUGUAUUGAUUACAGGUACUGGACAUGGUAUUGGUAAAGAAUUAGCAUUAAGAUAUGCAUCAUUAGGAGCGAUCGUUGUCUGCUUGGACGUAAAUGAAGAAGGAAACAACGAGACAGUAAAUGAAAUAAAUCAAAAUGACACAUUAAAAGCUUACGGUUACAAAUGCGACGUAUCGAAUAGGGAAGAAGUGCUUAAAAUAGCUAAAAAAGUAAAAGAGGAAGUAGGAGAUGUGACGAUUUUAAUUAACAAUGCUGGUAUAAUGCCUUGUUUCACUUUCAUGAGUCAUACACCCGAGCAAAUUAAGCGAAUAUUCGAUAUCAAUGUGCUAGCACAUUUUUGGAUUUUCCAAGCUUUCUUACCUAGCAUGAUUGAAAGAAAUUACGGUCAUAUUGUUGCUCUUUCAUCGAUAGCUGGUAUUAUCGGUCAACCCAAUAUAGUUCCUUACUGCGCUUCAAAGUUUGCAGUAAGAGGGUUGAUGGAAUCACUGUACGAAGAGUUACGAUCGAUGAAUAAGGAAAAGCCAUUAAAUAUCAAUUUCACAACAGUUUAUCCGUAUAUGGUCAAUACAGGACUUUGCAAAAACCCAUGUUACAGGUUCAAAAACGUAAUGUCUUUGGUGUCAACAAAACAGGCAGUUGAUAUAAUAGUUAAAGCGCAGCGGCAAAACACCAAAGAGAUUUCUAUUCCCACAUAUUGGCAUCAUAUUAACACUAUUAUAAGAUGUAUGCCAUCUACAUGCAUAGAUCGCAUAAGAGACUUUAUGAAUGCUGGUUUAAAAGCAGAAUGUUAACGAAUAUUUAAUAUUCUUGUAAUAGAUUAUGUACGAAAAUGUUAAUUUUACAAUACAUAAUAAUAUCUUUUGCCAACUUUAA